AUGGAUCAGCUCGAAACACAGGUCAGUGAUUUGCGCUCGUUUCUGAGCCAAGAUCCGCUUGCUCCGACGCUUUCGCCGCAAGAAGCUGCGUUUUCUCCUGCUGGUCCACUCCGUUCCAACAGCCACCAUUCGUCGUUUUCCGCCCGCGGAGACAAUUCCGCACCACAACCCUUAUCGCCCCGCGAAUCCCGGUCGAGCGCGACUCCCACAACAGCAACAGCAGCAGCUAAAAGGAGGGCAGACGACGCUGAUGCCGAAAGCGCUGCAAAGCAGCAGCGGAGCAAGCGAAACAGAUACAUCUCACUUGCAUGCAACGAGUGCAAGCGUCGAAAGAUUAAAUGCAACGGCCAGACCCCAUGUCAGCGUUGUGGCCAUCUCAAUCUAGAAUGCCUUUACGCGCCCAAUUGCUGUCCCAAUUUUAAGGACUCGGACGAGUUCAAGCAGUUAUCGGACCACGUUACCCACCUACAGCACCAGGUCAACACGCUCUUUGACAGCCUGAAUCUGCUGCGCCGAGACACCCUCCGGCUGGCUCCGCUCUCCGACCACGUCCUCUCGCAGUCCUCGGCUACCGUGCCACUACCAGCAUCAUCCCGCCAUGCCCCAAUCAAAGACCCCGUCCCCUUUCGGGUUCCCCAGUCGUACCACGGGCCGACUAGCAUCGGCUUCACCGUCGAUGUGGCCAAGAACACUCUGCACAAGAUGGGCUAUUCAGCCGGGUGCGAUGGUAACGAGGACGGCUAUCCCCAGCCUGAUUCUCCUGUAAUAGCGCCUGCGAACCUUCCCACUCUCACACCCAACCCGGCGGAUCCUAUAUGGGAUUUCAACGAAAGCGAGAUGUUGCACCUAUGCAAAAUCUACGAGGAAGAAGUUGGCGCCAUGUACCCCGUCAUCAAGAUUGGACCGGUCGUCGAACAUGCUAAGGCCAUAGCCGCAUGGGUGGAUGCCAAGCGUAGCGGUAUGGCUCCGCCCCAUGCGCGAGAGCAGGACCUUUUGGAUGUUGAGACUUUGCAGCUAAAGAUCGUUCUUUGCUGCGCCUUGACAAUCCAAGAGCACGGCAACAGCGCCAAGGCCGCCAGACUCUAUGAAAGUAUCCAGCCGACUGUCGACAAAAUGUUAAUGACUGAGCCCACCGAUGUUGCUAGGCUCCCUUUCCUUGCAUUGUGCGCAGGGUACCGGUGGCUCUCCAACGACGAGAUUCUGGCGUGGCGAGUCAUAGGCCAGGUGGCCAGGAUGUGUCUAGAGCUGGGUCUGCACCGGAGGGAAGGGCUCGACAAGAUUGCGGAUCCUCUUAUUCGUAGGAACGCGCUGCACACGUUCUGGUCCGCCUACGUCCUAGAUCGCCGGUGGAGCUUUAGCACUGGGUUGCCCUUCGUGUGCCACGACGACAAGAUUGAUCCCAAGCUGCCGUACCCGUCUAUUCAAGCUAACCUUACCCAGGACAGUUAUCCAUUCCUUGUAGCAAUGAUCGGCUACUCGAAGCUUGGGGCAAAGGUCUGGAAGCUGGUAGACUGUUUUGAACCUGCUGUAGUCCGGGAGCUCAAACCUCAUGACUUCGAGGAGCUUGAUCGUGAGAUCAUGUCAUGGUAUGAGAGUGUUCCGGAGGACCUUCGGAUUGGGCCGCUAGAGUGUGAUAAAAUGCCGGUGCCAGCGGGUCCUUCAUACGACGUCCAGCGGCUGCGGAUUUGGUUGAGACUGAGGUUGAAUCAGGUCCGCAUAUGGCUUUACACACCCAUCUUGCACAGCGCCACCAGCAUUGUCCAGAACGAGCAGCUCGCACGCAAGGUGGUCGACCUGGCCAAGCAAACCAUCCGAAUACUCACGCAUCUCAACCGCAACUCGGAUCUGUACCGCCGGAGCCAGGUCUUUUAUCAUCAGUUCCUGACUUCAUCGAUUGCCGUGCUGUUUCUCGCUUCCACUCAUGCGCCCCUGAAAUUCAGCGCCACGUGCCGCGGCGAGUUCUAUAUGGCCCUUGACAUGGUCAAGGAUAUGUCUGCCCGAUCCUGGGUGUCGAAAUGCCUUUGGCGCACCAUUCGAUCGCUGAGGGCGUAUGCCCGUAGACUGGGCCUUGAAGAGGACAGCUCGCGACACGCUGGUCCAGUGACGGGGCCAGCCUUGCCAUCGACACAGCCG